UAUGAAGAGGGGAAGAAACGAAGAAAGCCCAACUACAGUAGUGUGGAUCUUUCUGAGGUUGAGUGGGAAGACAGAGAUGAUGUGCUCCGAAAUGCAAUGGUGAAUCGGAAAACAGGGAAAUUCUCCAUGGAAGUGAAGAAGACAGUGGACAAAGGGAAGCGCGUAUUGGUGAUGACAAAUGACUACUAUUAUACAGACAUCAAGGGUACUCCUUUCAGUUUAGGUGUGGCUCUCUCUCGAGGACAUGGAAAAUACUUCUUCAGAGGGAAUGUAACUGUAGAAGAAGGUUUACAUGAUUUAGAACACCCUGAUGUAUCUUUAGCAGAUGAAUGGUCCUAUUGCAACACCGACUUACAUCCUGAACACCGUCAAAUGACUCAGUUAGAAGCAAUUAAACGCUACCUCACAGGAAAAGAACCAUUGCUCCAAUGUGAUAAAGAAUUGAUCCAGGAAGUUCUGUUUGAUGCAGUCGUGAGUGCACCAAUUGAAGCUUAUUGGACCAGUCUAGCGUUAAAUAAAUCAGAAAACUCUGACAAGGGAGUGGAAGUUGCCUUCCUUGGAACACGGACUGGACUAUCUCGUAUCAACCUGUUUGUGGGUCCGGAACAGCUUACUAAUCAAGAUUUCCUGACAGCUGAAGAUAAGGAGAACAUUUUUAAUGCUGACCAUUUUCCACUCUGGUACAGAAGAGCUGCUGAGCAGAUACCUGGGAGCUUUGUCUAUUCAAUCCCAUUUAGCACAGAAACUGCAAACAAAAGCAAUGUAGUGACAGCCAGUACUGCUAUUCAGCUUUUGGAUGACAGAAAAUCUCCAGUUGUUGCAGCUGUAGGUAUCCAGAUGAAACUUGAAUUUUUCCAGCGGAAAUUUUGGACUGCAAGCAGACAGUGUGCAUCUCUCGAUGGCAGAUGUGCUAUAAGUUGUGAUGAUGAAACAAUCAACUGUUACCUAAUAGAUAACAAUGGAUUUAUUUUAGUGUCUGAAGACUAUAGACAGACUGGUUACUUUUUUGGGGAGGUUGAAGGGGCUGUGAUGAACAAGUUGCUAACAAUGGGCUCCUUUAAGAGAAUUACACUUUAUGACUACCAGGCCAUGUGUAGAACAAACAAAGAGAGUAGCGACAGUGCCCAUAGCUUACUGGACCCUUAUAAUGCCUUCUUUGCUGCAGUAAAAUGGAUUAUGACUGAGCUUGUCUUGUUCCUUGUGGAAUUUAAUCUAUGCAGUUGGUGGCACUCUGAUCUAACAGCAAAAGCGCAGAGGUUGAAACAAACCCUAGAGCCCUGUGAUACUGAAUAUCCAGCUUUUGUUUCCGAACGCACUAUAAAGGAGACCACUGGGAAUAUUGCUUGCGAUGACUGUUUCAAGUCUUUUGUUAUCCAGCAAAUCCCAAGCAGCAAUCUCUUCAUGGUGGUAGUAGAUAAUGAAUGCUUCUGUGAUUCCAUUCCACCAAUUACCAUGGCACCUAUAGAAAUAAGAUAUAAUGAAUCCCUUAAAUGUGAACGUUUAAAAUCUCAGAAGAUAAGACGACGCCCAGAAUCUUGUCAUGGAUUUCACCCUGAAGAAAAUGCAAGAGAAUGUGGUGGUGUCUCAGGCCUUAGUGCUAAACCUCCUCUUGUUCUUCUUCCUCUGCUAUUGACGAUUUUCUCAAGGUGACAUUGACUGAUGUGUUCAAUUGGCAUGCUAAUACGUGGAUAAACUGUGAACUGGGAAAUGGUGCAACAUAGAGGACAUGAAAUAUAGUCAGAGCAUCAGCAUUUCAUGAUUUUAAACUGUUGGUGAUAUAAAUUCUUAAAGAUAUGUUGAAAAAAAGAUUUAUCUUUUUACUUUGCAAGUCAUGCAGGUGUGAAUUUGACUUAUGGUAGUCAUGAUUCAUCAAAAAAGGACUCGGUAGAUAGAGGUGACCAUUGCUUUGUCCCAUUGAAAACAAUUUAAAACUGUGUACUUUUUCAAUAAAGUAUAUUAAAAUCACA